AUGGGAAAUAUCUUCAGUUGUUGUACGUGUGUGCGACUAACCGCAGGUGCGGGCUCCCGCAGUCCUCAGUACGAGCCGCUCCUGCUCGACAACGAGCGUGACGCCGUAGCGGACCUGCUCCAAUACCUUGAGAACCGUUCUGAGACGAACUUUUUUGCGGGUGAGCCGUUGCGUGCGCUCUCUACCCUGUCGUUCAGCGACAAUGUGGACCUGCAGCGCAGUGCUGCGCUUGCGUUCGCUGAGAUCACCGAGAAGGAGGUACGCGAGGUCGGACGCGAGACCCUGGAGCCUGUGCUCUUCCUUCUGCAGUCGCACGAUGUCGAAGUGCAGCGUGCUUCGAGUGCGGCGCUCGGAAACCUGGCCGUGAACUCGGAGAAUAAGCUCCUGAUCGUCAAGCUCGGCGGUCUGGAGCCACUGAUCCGCCAGAUGCUUAGCCCGAACGUGGAAGUGCAGUGCAAUGCGGUCGGGUGUAUCACGAACCUAGCCACCCACGAUGACAACAAGACCAAGAUUGCUAAGUCGGGCGCUCUCGUGCCCCUGACGCGCCUGGCCCGCUCCAAGGACAUCCGUGUGCAGCGCAAUGCGGCAGGUGCCCUGCUCAAUAUGACGCACAGUGAUGAGAACAGGCAGCAGCUUGUGAACGCGGGUGCGAUCUCCGUCCUGGUCACGCUGCUUAGCAGCACCGACACGGAUGUGCAGUACUACUGCACGACGGCCCUCAGCAACAUUGCUGUGGACGCGGUCAACCGCAAGAAGCUUGCGCAGACAGAGCCGCGCCUUGUGCAGAGCCUGAUCGGGCUUAUGGAGAGCGGCAGCUUGAAGGUGCAGUGCCAGGCGGCGCUUGCGCUGCGGAACCUGGCGAGCGACGAGAAGUACCAGAUCGAGAUUGUGCGCUCGAACGGUCUGCCCCCCCUGCUGCGCCUUUUGCGCUCGUCAUUCCUGCCGCUCAUCCUGUCCGCGGCGGCGUGUGUGCGCAACGUGUCUAUCCACCCUAUGAACGAAAGCCCGAUCAUUGACGCCGGAUUCCUUCACCCGCUCAUUGAGCUGCUGAGUCACGAGGAGAACGAGGAGCUGCAGUGCCACGCGAUCAGCACACUGCGCAACCUGGCAGCGAGCAGUGAGCGGAAUAAGGCCGCGAUCAUUGACGCCGGUGCGGUGGAGCGCAUCAAGGAGCUCGUGCUCCACGUGCCGCUCAGCGUGCAGAGCGAGAUGACCGCCUGCGCGGCGGUGCUCGCGCUGUCGGAGGACCUCAAGCCGCAGCUGCUCGACAUGGGCAUCUGCGAGGUGCUGCUGCCACUCACUGACUCGCCCUCGAUUGAGGUACAGGGCAACUCGGCGGCCGCGCUCGGCAACCUCAGCAGCAAGGCCGACGACUAUGCGCCGUUCAAUGCGGUGUGGGACAAGCCGGCAGGUGGCAUGCAUGGCUACCUCGUUCGCUUCCUCGAGUCGGACGAUACCACGUUCCAGCACAUUGCUGUAUGGACGCUCAUUCAAUUGCUCGAGAGCGGCAAUGCGGAGCUUGAGCAGCACAUCCGCGACAGCCAGCACCUCUUCUCCCUAGUACGCCAGCUCCAGGCGCGCGGUGACGCCGACGACGCGGCCGACGACGCCGAAACUGGCGAUGGCUCGCCAGAGAAGGAGAUCGCAGCGCUGUCGCGCCGGAUCGAGGAGAUCCUAUUCGAGGAGGGAGAUACGUCGCACGAAGCUCCGUAG